AUGCAGACCACAGACUUUGAUAAUCUGGAAAUUGAACAGCAGUAUAGCUGUGUGAAUUCCCGCUGGGAAGCCACUGAAGAUGACCUGGACAAUGACAACAGCUCUGCUCGUAUGUUUGAGCGAUCAAGGAUUAAAGCCCUUGCAGAUGAACGUGAAGUUGUGCAAAAAAAGACGUUUACAAAAUGGGUGAACUCCCAUCUUGCUUUUGUGAGCUGUCGGAUUUCAGAUCUCUACAUGGACCUAAGAGAUGGAAGGAUGCUGUUAAAAUUACUUGAAGUACUUUCAGGGGAGCAGUUGCCGAGGAGGACGAAAGGAAGAAUGAGAAUUCACUGUUUGGAAAACGUAGACAAAGCCCUUCAUUUUCUCAAGGAGCAGAGGGUACAUCUUGAAAACAUUGGUCCCCAUGACAUUGUGAAUGGUAACCACAGGUUAAUACUGGGGCUCAUCUGGACCAUCAUAUUACGUUUCCAGAUACAAGACAUUGUUGUAGAGACAAAAGGUAGUGAAACUCGCUCUGCUAAAGACGCUUUGCUGCUCUGGUGUCAGAUGAAGACUGCUGGAUAUCCAAAUGUGAAUGUCACCAACUUUACGUCUAGCUGGAAAGAUGGCUUAGCUUUCAAUGCCCUCAUUCACAAACACAGGCCCGAUCUCAUCAACUUUGAAAAGCUGAAGAAAUCGAACGCGAAAUAUAACCUGGAAAAUGCAUUUACUGUAGCUGACAGACAGCUCGGUAUAACUCAGCUGCUUGACCCAGAGGAUGUGUUCACUGAAAACCCGGAUGAGAAAUCCAUUAUCACAUAUGUAGUAGCAUUUUAUCACUAUUUUUCCAAGAUGAAGGUUUUGGCUGUGGAAGGAAAAAGAGUUGGCAAGGUUCUGGAUAAUGCUAUUGACACAGAAAAGACGACAUAUGAUUUUGAAAGACUAACCUCAAAUCUGCUGACAUGGAUUGAGCAAACAAUCAUUGCCCUCACCAACUGGAAGUUUGCUAAUUCUUUGCUGGGAGUCCAACAACAGCUACAGUCAUUCAGUACAUACAGAACUACAGAGAAGCCUAUAAAAUUUAAAGAAAAAGGUGACCUGGAAGUGCAGCUGUUUACUAUACAGUCCAGAAUGAGAGAGAAUAAACAAAGGUUAUAUGUUCCGCGAGACGGUCAGCUGGUGUCCGACAUCAACAGGGCAUGGGGCCGUCUUGAAAAGGCUGAACAUGACCGAGAGACAGCACUGAGGAAUGAGCUGAUUCGACAGGAGAAGCUUGAACAGUGGGCAAAACGCUUUGAUCGCAAGGCUGCAAUGAGAGAUGCAUGGAUAGCUGAAAAUCAACAUCUCAUUUCACAGGAUAAUUUUGGCUGUGAUUUGCCAUCAGUGGAGGCGGCCAAAAAGAAACAUGAAGCCAUUGAAACGGAUAUCCUUGCCUAUGAAGGCUGCAUUCAGUCAUUAGUCAAUCUAGCUAGAGAACUGGAAAAUGAGAAUUAUCAUGACAUCAAGAGAAUCAAUGCUAGAAAAGACAACAUUGUACGGAUGUGGCAAUUUCUUCUGGAAAAUUUACACAAUCGACGCCAGCGGUUGAACAUGAACCUUGAGCUUCAAAUCAUGUUCCAGGACAUGCUGCACACUGUCACUUGGAUGGAUGAAAUGAAGAAUGGUCUUUUAUCAUCAGACUUUGGAAAACACCUCAAUGAAGUGGAAUAUUUGCUCCAAAAACACGCCUUAAUUGAAGCUGACAUUGCCACACAAAAUGACAAAGUGAAUUCUUAUCAUACAACUAUGCAGAAGUUUAUUACUGGGGAAGGGUACAAGCCUUGUGAUCCACAGUUGAUUAAAGAUCGAGUUCAACACCUGGAACUUUGUUAUCAAGACCUUGUUGCAUUGGCAGCCCAACAGAAGGCUCACCUACUACAAUGUAGAUGUAUGUGGAAGUUCUUUGGGGACAUGGAUGAGAUUGAAAGGUGGAUCAAGGAGAAAGAACAAAUUUAUACUACUAUGGACUUUGGGAAAGAUCUUACCACCAUUUACAUCCUUCAAAGAAAACAUAAGGCUUUUGAAGAUGAACUUAAAGGUCAGGAGUCUAACUUACAGGAAGCCAUCAAUGAUGGUGAAACCUUGGUUGCCAGCAAACAUUAUGGUGCACCUAAGAUCAAAGAACGAAUUGAGAAUGUCAAAGAUGAAUGGGCUCAGCUGAAAGAGUUGGCUGCAUUCCGCUUAAAAGUCUUACGUGAUACGGAAAACUUUUUCCAGUUUCAAGUUGAUGCUGAUGAUUUAGUUGCCAGGUUGCAGGACACAUACCGCAUCAUGCAAACAGAAGACAUCGGUCAUGAUGAAUAUUCCACCAAUGUACUGGUGAAGAAGCACAAAGACUUACUAGAUGACAUCAUGUUGAACAGAAAAGUCUUAGAAAGCCUUAGUCAGCUUGCUCAAAGCUUUCCAGAAGAAUACCAAUCAUCACCUGAGAUAGACAGCCGACUUCAAAAAUUGAAAGCACUGUACUCUGAUCUGGCAUCUCUAGCAGACUUGCGAUCCCAAAAACUUCAAGAUACUCUGGCAUAUUACACAAUUCUUGGGGAAAUAGAUGCCUGUGAAAUGUGGAUGAAUGAGAAAGAAAAGUGGCUUCAAAAUAUGAAGAUUCCAAAAUCCCUUGAAGACAUGGGUGUAGUUCAGCACAGGUUCAAUACUCUGGGUCAAGAAAUUAAUGUUCUGGGAUCCCAAAUAGAGAAUGUCAACAGUGCUUCUGAUUCUCUCUUUGAAAGUGGACAUUCCAAUAGAAUGCAAGUGAAGCAAGCACAAGAUCACAUGAAUGCCAGGUGGGCUGAUUUCAAGGAAAUGGUUGCUAAUAAAAGGAAAGCAAUUGAUUCCGCCCUUGGUCUUCACAAUUAUUUUGUGGAGUGUGAAGAGACCAAGAACUGGAUACUGGAUAAGAUCAGAGUGGUGGAUUCCAUACAGAACCUUGGAGAUAACCUAGCCUCAGUGAUGUCAAUUCAGAGAAAGCUCUAUGGUAUUGAGAGAGACCUCGGUGCUAUUGAGACAAAACUUGUAAGUCUACAAGAAGAGGCAAAAAAGUUGGCAGAUGAGAAUCCAGAUCAAGCUCAGGACGUUUUUGAUGGGUUAAUUGAGAUCAACAAUGUCUGGCAAGAGCUGCACAAGGCACUGCAAAAUCAAGAGGACUCCCUGGGCGAGAGCAGUAAGCUGCAAAAGUUUUUGGUUGAUUUGUUUGACUUUGAGACAUGGCUUUACAGAGCUCAGCAGGCCACAGCUUCAGAAGACACACCAAGCUCCUUAACAGAAGCAGAAGAACUGUACAACAAUCACCUUGCUCUUAAAGACGACAUAGAACACCAUGAGUCUGAUUUCCGCAAUGUUGUUGACACAGGAAACAAAGUAACCAGUGGACAAUCUGACCCUCAAUAUCAGCAACUUGCAGAGAGAGUUAAAGAUAUAGAAGUGGGGUGGGAUGCCCUCCUUAAGAUGUGGAGCAACAGAGAAGAUUUUCUUUCACAAUGUCUUGCAUUUCAGUGGUUCUUGAAAGAUGCCAAGGAGUCUGAAGCCAUUUUGAGUAAUCAGGAAUACACACUCGCUCACAGAGAAUUACCCAACACAUUACAAGCGUCACAAAACAGACUGAAGAAACAUGAAGAUUUCUUAGCUACCAUGGAAAAUAAUGAAGAUAAGAUUGUUGGAACUAUGGGAAAUGCAAACAAAUUAGAUAGUGACAAAAACAUUUUUGCAGAUAAGGCUUUGGACAGAGCAGCCUCAAUCCAUGAUAGAUAUGCAGUGAAUGUGAAUAAUGCUAAAGAAGUGUCAGCUCUGCUAAAGGAUCAUGUUGAUCUUCAGGAUUUCUUGGAAAACUGUAAUGAGCUAACAAUAUGGAUCAAUGAAAAAAUGUUGACCGCUCAAGAUACAUCCUAUGAAGCAGCUCGUAAUUUGCACAGCAAGUGGCUAAAACACCAAGCUUUUAAAGCUGAAAUUGAGUCAAACAAGGGCAGACUGCAAAACAUUGACAAGAAGGGAAAUGAGUUGGCGCAGGAGAAACCCCAGUUUUCCCCAACGGUCUUUGAAAAACUCAAUGGGUUACAUGAGCAAUGGGAUGAGAUGGAGACAACUACCCUUAAGAAGGAGCAGACCUUGUUUGAUGCCCACCACUCAGAGCUGUAUGAGCAAAGGUUUGCAGAUAUAGCUAUGUGGAUAAAAGACAUGGAGCAGCAAGUAGAAUCUGAUGACUAUGGAAAGGACCUGACCAGUGUCAACAUCCUUCUCAGUAAACACAAGAGAAUUGAAGAUCACAUAGAUCAGAAAGCAAUAGAAAUAGAUGAGGUUGUUCCAGACCGGCCAUCACCUGCUGGAGACAAAGAACUCGGAGAAAAGGAACAAAAUAUUAAAAUGCGUUUUCUACAGCUUCAAGCACCAAUGCAGAAAAGAGAAAGAAAGCUGCAGUCUUCGAAGAAAGUACACCAGCUACACCGGGAUUUGGCAGAUGAAAUUAUUUGGGUUCGGGAAAGAAUGCCACUUGCAGAAUCCGAGGAUUAUGGAAACAAUCUUCAGAUGGUGCAGAUGCUUUUAAAGAAGAAUCAAAGUUUGCAGAAAGAAAUUGCAGGUCAUGAACCAAGAGUAGAUGAUGUUAUCAAAAGGGCAGAGGCUAUGGAAGGCGAGCCAGAAAUGAACCCUCAGCCAAUCAAAAAACAGCGCGAGUCACUACAGGAGAAAUGGAAUCACUUGAAGACCACAACACUGAACAGAGAAAAAUCCCUUAACCAAGCAAAUGAUGCUCAGCAGUACUAUGUGGACGCCAGUGAAGCAGAGUCUUGGAUUGAUGAACAACAGCUUUACAUGAUUGGGGAUGAGAAGCAAAAGCCGGAUGAAGAAAGUGUGGUGUUAAUGUUGAAGAAGCACCUGAUUUUGCAACAGGGCAUUGAACAGUAUGGAGAAAAUAUCAAAGAUUUGGCAGAGCAAUCUCAGAAGCUGCUGGCCUUGGAUCAUCCUGAUGGUGAACAGAUAAUCCGACACCAGGACAAUCUAGAGAAGCAGUAUACAGCCCUGAGGGACAUGGCAGAUGAACGAAGGAGGAAUUUGGACAAUACCUAUCAUAUGUUUCAACUAAGGCGUGAAGUGGAGGACUUGGAGCAAUGGAUUGCAGAGAGAGACAUUAAAGCCUCAUCCCAGGAGAUGGGUCAAGAUUUAGACCACGUGACUGUGCUCCGAGAUAAAUUUCGUGAUUUUGCCAAAGAGACAGGAAUGACUGGCCAAGAGCGGAUUGACAAUGUGAAUAUCUUAAUUGAAGAACUGAUUGAUGCUGGACAUUCUGAGGCUGCAACCAUUGCAGAAUGGAAGGACAACCUGAAUGAGAGCUGGGCAGACCUGCUGGAACUGAUUGACACUCGUGUGCAGCUCUUGUCUGCCUCCUAUGAUCUCCACAAGUUCUUCUAUGAUGGCACAGAAAUCCUGACCCUGAUUGAGGAAAAGCACAAAGAACUACCAGAGGAGUUGGGUGGGGAUGUACAUACGGCACAGUCUCUGCACAGAGUACAUACAGCCUUUGAGAGGGAUUUCCAUUUUAUUGGGUCACAGGUACAGGGAUUUCAAGAUACUGCAGCACGUCUGUACUCUGCCUAUGCAGGAGAUCAGGCAACAGAUAUACAGAAGAAAGAGAAAGAGGUGGUGGAAGCCUGGAAAGCUCUCCUGGAUGCCAGUGAUGGACGGCGUACAGAGUUGAUAAGCGCAGCUGAGAAGUUCCGUUUCUUCAGCAUGGUUCGUGAUUUGAUUUUGUGGAUGGAAAGCAUUAUCAGACAGAUUGAAACCCAGGAAAAGCCAAGAGAUGUGUCAUCUGUAGAAUUUCUGAUAAAAUAUCACCAGGAUCUGAGGGCUGAAAUAGAAGCCAGGAACAAAAGUUAUUCCAGCUGUGUAGAACUUGGAGAAUCAUUACUGGCUCAGAAUCACCCAGUUUCAGAAGAGGUAAAAGAAAAACUUGAACAACUAGCAGAAAGAAGAGCUGAAAUGUUGGAUAGAUGGGAAAUGCGUUGGGACUGGUUAAAAGUGUUGUUGGAAGUUUGCCAGUUUGCAAGAGAUGCUUCCAUGGCAGAAGCCUGGCUUGUAGCAAAGGAACCUUACUUGUUUACCACACAUGUAGGAAAUAGUGUGGACGAUGUGGAAAAGUUAUUAAAAAAGCACGAAGCCUUUGAGAAAUCCACAGUAACAUGGGAAGAGAGAUUUUCAGCCCUGGAAAGGCUUACUACGCUAGAAUUACUGGAGAUACGGAAAUAUCAAGAAGCUGCAAGGCAACAAAUGGCUCAAGCCGCUGAAUCUGAAAAGAGGGAGAUCCAAGUGGAAAUACAUGCUGAACCAACAGAGGAAAGGGAAUACUUAGGACCACACCCUGGACAAUUAGAUGACCAGACUAUGGAGGUAACAGAAGCAGAAGAAGCUCAUGUAUCAGGCACACAGGAAGUCAUUCAAGAGACUCAUAUCAUGGAGGAGUGGAAGGUCCCUACAGAGGAACAAGAGCCAGAUCCUAUGGAACAAGCUGAGCACAGUGCAUUGCAACCCACAUUUACUGUGACAGAAGAAAUUUCUACUCUACCAGCAAGUUUACUUAGUUCUUCCACAAUCCAAAUUCAGGGAUUUUUAUUGAGAAAGCAUGAUCUAGAAGAAGCACUCAAAAAGGCACAUAACAGGACAUGGAAUAAUGCCUACUGUGUGUUGAAGAACAAUGACUUCUUUUUCUACAAAGAUGCUAAGACCUUUACUCUGAAUGAACCACUACAAGGUGAAGAGGGACUAUUCCUAGGCAGCGCAUCCUGUGAGGCUGUAAUGGAUUAUAAGAAGAAAAAACAUGUCUUUAGGCUCAGGUUGAGUGAUGGCAAUGAGUGGCUUUUCCAAGCAAAGGAUGAGGCUGACCGACAAGCCUGGGUUGACAACAUAAGAAUGUCCAUUGCGGAGACAUCCGAUCAUAAGCCAAAGUCUAAAAGCCUACCCCUCCCAUCCACUUCCACCGCAGAGGGCACGCCAGAAAAGAAGGAAAAAAGAUUCAGCCUUUUCCCAUCAAAAAAAAGCUUCUGAACAAAGGAAGUAAAUUGAAAAAAUGCACUGUCUGUAACUAAACCACACCAGCACUGCAGUUCCAGCAUAUACAGCAUAUGUUGAGCAAUAUAGAGUCAACUUAUUAGUAAAGGACCUUAUUUAUGGAAGACAGAUCGCUGGAUCUGCUAAUAAUGAGGCAUGCUAAAACAAACAGAGCAGAGUAUAUUUAAUGUACCACAAUCACAGCAUUUAAUGGCAA